ACAGAGCCAAGCAAACAGGUAAGCUCUUGGCCUAAACGACCACCCACCGUUAACAGUAUUGGCUGGAACGAAUAUUUUCGGAAUCAGCUAACAGACACGAACGGCACUUCGGAGGAACAGCUGUUCGGGCGCUUUGCCUUCUGGCCACUCAAUGGGCCAUCUUCAUCAUCAUCGUCGUGGUUGAUGUUAGGCAGCGUGUUUCUGAGCCGCUUCAGUCGUUGCCUGUCAACAAAACGCUGCGAACGUGGCCAGCUCCUCGAAUAAAAUCAAAAAGUGUCUGAUACAAACGCGAAAUGGACUGAAGUACUAACCCCAAAAAGAAAUCUAUCCCCAAAGUGUUGCGUGGAAAUUGAACAUUUUUCGAAAGCUUCUGAGCAAGCCACAACAGAAUAAAAGUGGGCUCUUAAAUAUUUGAUAAGAACGAAAGAAAUACCAAGAAUUAUCACAUCAAAGAAAAGUGUACUCCCUAACCCAUAAGAAACCUCGAAAAUCCUUCAAACUUCGCCAAAAAACGCAAUUUUGUCAAGACCACAUCCCACAACAUGUGACGUCACGGGCAAUAGGUAUGGAAAGCAUAUCAAAAUAUUUGCCAUUUAGCUGGGUGAGGCAUCAUCGUCAAAUAGGCUGCCGCCGACCACCGAUUGGAAAUUAGCUGGAACCCUAGGACAAAGAAGUCUGGGAAUGGGUGGGCGAAUGGUCAACAUGAAAGGACAUUCGAGCCCAAAUGAGCCAGCUGCUAACCGCAGCAACAGCAGUAGCCGGAGCAGGAGCAACAAUAUCAACAGCAACAACAAUGCCAGCAAAAGUGGCAACAGCAACAGCAACAGCAACAACUACAAAACCAGCAACAUGGCGACCGUGAACAGUGUCCAUUCUGGCAUUCUGUUAUUUGUGCUGACAGCGCUGACACUAACGAGCUUAAUAACGCCCACAGAGCAGCUGACAGUGGCGCCAAAUGGGAGCAGCAGUCCGAUGCAGCAACUGCAACACCAGCAACAACAAUUGGAACUUGAGCCAGUGGAAUUCGCCUCAGUGCCUUCCAUUUCCUCGGACCAGAAUGGUACCAUUCUGCCCACCAGCAGUCCACACCAAUUGCCGCCUCCGGUUCGAGGAAACGGCAGUCAGCAGUAUAUGGACUACGAGGACGACGAGGAUGCCGUGGACUGUGGCUACAGCAACAACUUUAUACUGAAGCUCAUCUCGAUGAUACUGUAUGCUCUGGUCUGCAUAAUCGGCCUCUUCGGCAAUACCCUGGUCAUCUACGUGGUGCUGCGCUUCUCCAAGAUGCAAACGGUCACAAACAUAUACAUCCUCAACCUGGCCAUUGCGGACGAGUGCUUCCUGAUUGGAAUACCCUUCCUGCUCUACACGAUGCAGGUGGGAAACUGGUCGUUCGGGGACUAUAUGUGCAAGGCCUACAUGGUGAGCACCUCGAUCACCUCGUUUACCUCCUCGAUCUUUCUGCUGAUUAUGUCCGCGGAUCGCUACAUAGCCGUAUGCCAUCCGAUAUCCUCGCCUCGCUACCGAACUCCCUUUGUCUCCAAGCUAGUAUCGGCCUUUGCCUGGAUGACCUCCGUGCUGCUGAUGCUGCCGGUUAUCCUGUUUGCCAGUACAGUGGCCUCGCAAAAUGGCAAUGUGUCCUGCAACAUCGAGUGGCCCGACACCCAAAACUCGCACUCGGACUCUACCUUCAUACUGUACUCCUUCAUCUUGGGUUUCGCCACUCCGCUGACAUUCAUUCUGGUGUUCUACUGCCUGGUGAUCAGGAAACUGCACACGGUGGGUCCCAAGCACAAGAGCAAGGAGAAGAAGCGAUCGCACAGAAAGGUCACCAAGUUAGUCCUCACCGUAAUCACGGUGUACAUAAUGUGCUGGCUGCCCCACUGGAUAUCCCAGGUGGCGCUGAUCAGCUCCACGCCCAAGCAGUGUGGCGCCUCCCGGCUGGAGCUGGCCGUUUUCCUGGCCUGCGGCUGCCUCAGCUACUCCAACUCGGCCAUGAACCCCAUUCUGUACGCCUUCCUAAGCGACAACUUCAAGAAGAGCUUUAUGAAGGCCUGCACCUGUGCAGCCCGCAAGGACGUCAAUGCCCAGCUCCAGUUGGAGAACAGCUUCUUUCCCAAGUUCGGCAAGGGUCGGCAGUCGGAGAGGUUGAUAGGUGGUGGAGGUGGCGGCAACGGGGGCGGAGCCAAGGGAGGCGCCCAGCGUGGCUCUUUGGCCAAGAAGAAGACCCUGGUGGCGGCGAGAAACAAUAAUGCUCCGAUGACCACCACCACAACCACGACAACGACGACCACCACCGCCGGCACGGAUCUGCCUGUCACCUGCAUCCAGCCAGCGGCUGUGCAUCAAGAUCAGACUAAUCCUGUCGCCCUUCUGGUGGUCAACGCGGAGACCAACAACUGUAAGCCUCCGGUCCUUCACACGGACUUAUAAGAGCGGGCUCCAGCGAUGCCGCUGGAAACGGUGGUGUUCAUAGCCCGCAGAUGAGUCAGGGCAGACCUAGAGCUGGAGCUGGACAUGGUGCUGGAUCGACAACUGUUGACGCAGCCCGAGUGUCUACUGUAGGGGUCUGCUAAAUGAUAUUUUAUAUGACAAAAAAAAAUGCGAAAACGGAGAAAAGUAACAAUUGAAUCUCAAUUAAAAACAGAGAGAAAUUAGUGAAGUUUUCAUUAAAAUUAGUUCCCAUAGACAAACAAAUAAUAAUUAAUUCAAAGUAAUAGAGACUCUUACAGAUAUAUAUUUAAUUUUUUAUAAAACUAUAAUAGAAACAUAAUACAAAUUAUUUUUAAACUUUAAAAAACUAACUAAAGGUAUUGGAUUUCCCAAAGAAUAAUAACUUUAAGCAGCUAUUUGUUUAGUAUUUAUUUAU